GAGAUGAAUGUGAAAUUCAUUAUACGCUAGAUAAUCUGUUUAAAUUGUUUUGUUCAUUUGUGUUCCAGUGUGCUCGGACGGCGUCUCCGCCCGCGCCAGGGAACAGCUCGCGAUGGCUUGUUCCGUGGUGCUCGAGCGCCUCCGCGACGACGCGAUGGUUCACAGUGGGAACAAACCAUACGCUUGCGAACACUGUGGCAAGCGUUUUAGAAACAAGUAUAUUUUACGAGAACACAUUCAACUCACGCAUUCAUCGACCGGACAAAAAUCAUUUGUUUGUGAUUUUUGUAGUUCUACGUUUCAAACCGAAUUGCUUGUAAUAGAACACGAGAAAAGCGAACAUGGUGUUUCAAAUUUCAUGUGUGCUGAAUGUGAGUUUACAACAAGUUCCAAGAAAAGUUUGGAGACUCAUUUAAAGAGUCACUCUUUGGAGACUAAUUUCAAUUGUAGUCACUGUAGUUACACAAGUUCGUGUAAAAGUGACUUGCAUAAACACCAAACAAUACACAUUGCUGGAGAUCCUAUUAAGUGUUGCGACUUUGAUUUCAAAUGCAGUGUUGAAUCAAACUUGCCACGUCACCAGAAGACGCACAACCGGAGGCACCAGACAAUACUCACUGGAAAACAGCCUUACACAUGUAGUUAUUGCGACUACAAGUGCAGUAAAAGUUUUAAUUUACGAGUACACGAAAGGACACAUACUGGCGAGAAGCCUUUUCAGUGUAGCCACUGUGAUUACAAAAGCAGUCUGAAGACACUCUUACAACAACACCUGAUGGUACAUACUGGGGUGUGGCCAUUUCAGUGUAGCCACUGUGAUUACAAAUCCAGUCGAAAGUCACACUUAGAAAGACAUCUGAUGAUACAUACUAGGGCGAAGUCAUUUAAAUGUAGCAAAUGCGACUACAAGAGCAAUGAUAGAGGAGAUUUACGAGUUCACCAAAGAAUACACAAUAAAGAGAAACGGUACACAUGCAGUCAUUGCGACUACAAGUGCAGUUAUAGCUCAGCCUUACGAAGUCACGAAAGGACUCAUACUGGCGAGAAGCCUUUUCAGUGCAGCCAAUGUGAUUACAAAUGCAGUCAGAAGUCACACUUACAAAAACAUCUGAUGAUACAUACUGGGGCGAAGCCAUUUCAGUGUAGCCACUGUGAUAACAAAUUCAGUCAGAAGUCACACUUACAACAACACCUGAUGAUGCAUACUGGGGCGAAGCCAUUUCAGUGUAGCCACUGUGAUUACAAAUUCAGCCGGAAGUCACACUUACAAAAUCACCGGAGGAUACAUACUGGGGCAAAGCCAUUUAAAUGUAGCAUCUGCGAUUACAAAAGCGCACAGAAAUCAGCAUUACAGACGCACCUGAGGAGACACACUGGAGAAAAGUCUUUCAAAUGUAGUAAUUGUGACUACAAGUGCAGUGAUAUUUCAGGCUUACGAAGUCAUGAAAGGCGACAUACUGGCGAUAAGAAUUUUCAGUGUAGCCACUGUGGUUACAAAUGCAGACAGAAAGCAUACUUACAACAACACCUGAUGAUACAUACUGGGGAGAAACCAUUUCAGUGUAGCCAAUGUGAUUACAAAUGCAGUAGGAAAUCACACUUAAAAGAACACCUGAUGAUACAUACUGGGGUGAAGCCAUUUCAUUGUAGCCACUGCGAUUACAAAAGCGUACAGAAAUCAACAUUACAGAGGCACCUGAGGAUACACACUGGAGAAAAGCUUUUCAAAUGUAGUAAUUGUGACUACAAGUGCAGUGAUAAUUCUGCCUUACGAAGUCAUGAAAGGCGACAUACUGGUGAGAAGAUUUUUCAGUGUAGCCACUGUGAUUACAAAUGCAGUAAGAAAUCAAACUUAAAAACACACCAGAGCAUACAUACUGGAGAAAGGCCUUACAAAUGUAGUCAUUGCGAAUACAAGUGCAAUCAGAAAUCCAGCCUACGACGUCACCAGAAGACGCAUGCUGGAACGAAGCCUACAAAGUAGUAAGUGCGAAAGCCUAAAAAGUACAACUGCAGCCUGAAACAGCACCUGCGACGACACCAGAUGAUACGCGGAAGAGAACCCAUAUUAUAGGUAUCAUUCGCGUAUGUCGUCUUUUGAUCUAAAUCGGAAAGUUAAACCUGACAUUGACAUUUCAGCUGCUGUGCUGCCCCCUACAGUACAAACAUAAUGUACUUGUACAAAUGUAAUCACUGCAAUUACGCGAGUCAAUUUAAUAUGUUUUAGAAAUAUGCCUAAAAUUAAGAUACAGUGGUGAAACUAGUGAAGUUAAAUGUAUUAGUGUCGAUCCGCUAGAUAGUGCAGUGAGUGAGCGCUGGGGGCGAAGUGGUCAGGGCUAAAAUUGCGAAAAUUUAAGUUCGCAAAUUGCGGGCAUCCUUAUCUGUCCCUCUAAUUACGCCUUAAUUGAAGUAAAAGAGAAAACGCCCGCAAUUUGCCAGUUCCAAGCCGGAGGUCGUAGGCUCAAACUGCAGACACGAAGUACCACCGAAUUUCUUCAUGUACAGUCGCCAUCAGAUAUCAGCGGCCACGGUGCUCACAAAUAUAUCAACACGCCUCUAUUGUCAAUGCGUUAGUGUGUGUUCACAUAUUUUUGAGCACUUCGACAGCUCCGAUAUAUCUGAUGGCGACCGUACAUCACUUGAUACUUACCAGUUCAUAUGUAGUUGGCUUGCUGGAGGAAAAUAUCGCAAAUUAUCUUACUAAAGUUAUUGAACUUCAUGUCACUGUCAUGAGAACGAUAACCCUAACCCUCUUAUGCAGUGAGAUCUACAUCUCUCCCGCUCUUGCAAUAGUGGAGUGACAGAGAUGGAGAUAAUCUAUACAAUUCUCGAAGGACGCUGUGCCAAUUGCGGCCUGAGGCUGCUGCGUGUUAGAAAAUAUA